UCUACGUCAUGGGUACUAGAGUUGGAGAGUACAAGAAAUAUCUGGACACCGCACUGCACGAUAAGAACAAGCCAUGGACACCUGCUCUAGAAUGGGCCGAGGGCAAGACUGGAAUAAAACGAUUAUACAUAUUCAUGAUUCUGGUUGUUAUGCUCGGACUCUAUAUGUUGUUUGGAAUUGCUGCACAGUUGUUGUGUAACAUCAUUGGAUUUCUGUAUCCAGCCUAUCGUUCCAUAAAAGCACUUGAGAGUCCAAAUAAGGAUGAUGAUACGAAGUGGUUAACAUACUGGGUAGUGUUUGCUCUGUUCUCCGUCAUUGAAUAUUUUUCAAAUAUUCUGUUACAUUGGUUUCCAUUCUACUGGCUUUUGAAGUGUAUCUUUCACAUCUGGUGCUUUGUCCCAAUUGAGAACAAUGGGUCUGUAAUCAUCUACAAUCGUGUGAUUCGCCCUUAUUUCCUUAAGCAUGAGGAGAAAGUAGACAGCGUGCUGAGUGAUAUCGCUGGAUCAGCUGCAAGAUUAGCUGCACAAAACAUCUUUAAGAGUGAAUAAAAUUCUCCAUUUACAUAUAACUAUUUCAAAGAAUGCAGAAGAUGGAAUAUUAUAAGCAUCAGCUAUCAGAUGAAUUUGCUCUACACUGUAACACAGCCAAACAAGCAUAAGUAUUGUCAUUGUAAUAAGAAUUGGUACAAAUUAGCCUGUUCUAUAAUUGAAACAUCUUUGAGAGCAGUGAAAAGUGAUCAUGAAGUGUUUGUAUAUAACUAGAUUAACUGCA